AUGCUGUCGUGGCAGACACGAUGAUUGGAAGCGCCCUCAAGUUGUUCCUCUGCCUCGCGGCGCUCUCAGGCUCCUCCUUGGCCGGCAGAGAAAGAAGAGGCAUAUUUGGAGGCGGUUAUGGUGGAAGUGGAUUAGGCCACGGCCUGCACUCCGGAGGUGGCUACGGUGGAGGCUUGGCUUACAGCUCGGGAGGCCUCGGUUACGGAGGUGGCCAUGGACCAUCGGCCGCUCAAGUAGCACAACAAGCAGCAGUUACAGCGACAGCAGCAGCUGCUGGCUUGAAAGGAGCAGCACACAACGCUGCAUCCCAAGCCAAGCGCUACGCAGCGCAGAACGCAGCAGCAGCAGCCGCUGUGGCGCAGCACGCUGCAGCCGCAGGCCAUCAGCGCGCCGCCGAUCUCACCUACGCCACGCAGCAAGCGCAGGCCAACGCCUAUGCCCAGGCGAGUCAGGCUGCUAAUGCCCAAGCGGCGGCUCAGUACGCUUUAAAUAACAAACUCUGGGCUAAAAAUCAGCUCCAUUCACCAUAUGGUGGCGGAUAUCACGCUCACUCUCAGUUAGCCAACGCACAAGCCAACUUCUAUCACGCGUCUUCAGUCGCUGCCCAGCAAUCAGCUGAAGCCCAGUACGCUCAGAAGCAGGCGGCCCAGCUCUCCCAGCAGAGUUUACUGGCCCAGCACGAUCUUCAGAGCAGCAGCUCAGCAGCCGCUCAGGCCACAGCCGCUGCAACGAAGGCUGGGGCAAAGGCUUACGGCUCUGGCUUGGGUCUUGGAGGCUACGGAGGACAUGGUUACGGCUAUUAGGUGCAAGCACCAUAAAUUAAAAUUUCAGUAAGAAACUUGACAGGUUUUGUUGGAUCUGCAACGUCCAGAGUAUUGGAAAAAGACACAAAUUGAUUUAGAAUCUACACUUAUGUGGAUUUUUUUCGAGAUUUAGACGAACUUUGUCAUAUAACAACACAGUUGAAAGUUCCUAAUCGGAUGUUGCGAAUAUUUCAACACUUCAGUUGCUAUACAAUGAAGGCUUUUGAUUAUGGCCAGAAUAGCGCCUGAGGUAACAGCGUCAGUUGAAUGCAGACACGCCUCUCUCGCACACAACUCUACGCAAAGAUAUAUAUUAUUUUAACUUCAACUCAGGAAUCAAACGUAGCAAACAUAUCCAUUUAAUUAAAAUUAAAGUUAAUAGGAAUGUAGGUUAUCAAUAACUAUAUUGAAUUUCAUUCUCGGCGUGUCUAUUCCGAAGACUGUAAUUAUUUCAUCAGCAAUUACGGAAGACAAUUACGAGCUACGUAUUAUUUCGAUAAUAAUUAAGUAAUCAUAAAGGAAAAAUCAGUAGGGAAGAAUUGAUGCAGUGUGAUAUUUAUAUACCAAGCAUUCACUUACUUUGAGUAAUUUGUGUUCUUAUACUAUACUAAUAAAUUAGAAUAUUUAUGGAUAAUAAAAGCAUUCCAAAA